GGCGGUGGUUUCCAACACGUCGAGCAGUCGGUCGUAUGAGCAAGAACGGGCAGCGGGUCGCGGACCUCGUGCGAGGAUCGCCCGAGAACAUGGCCUGCGCCGACUGCGGCGUGGCCUUGACGACGGCCUCCGAUGCGACGUGGGCAGCGAUCACGUUUGGCGCGUUCGUGUGUCUCCAGUGCGCCGGCGCCCAUCGGCAGCUCGGUGUCAACAUCUCGCGCGUCAAGUCCGUGCACAUGGACACCUGGACCGACGACGAAGUCAAAAAAAUGCUUGGGAACCGCGCAGUCAACGCAGUCUACGAGAAGCAUCUGCGACCGGACGCCAAGGCAGCGAUGCGCCGGGCGCUCCAGGCCAAUGCCACGAGCCGUGACGACUAUGUGCGCCUCAAGUACGAGACGCGUACCUUUACGACGGAAGCCGGCCAGACGUUUGAAGGGCCAAGCUCCGACAAGUCCGAGAAGCGCAGUACGACCAGCGGCUCGAUCGUCGAAGUCUCCAAGCGCUUCGUCAACUACUUUGUCGUCGUCGGGCGUGGCCAAGCCGUCCUCGGCAAGCCGCUUGGAGAGAAUGCGGGCCCGAGCGACGUCCAGUUUGUCCCGACGAUCCUCGACAGCUUCCCCGACGCCCAUGCCGACGCGCCGUUGCCGAGCCAUAUUUCGCAGUUUGCGUUUCCAGAAGGUCUGGCGCUCAGUCAAACCCACAUCACUCCCACGUUUUUUACCUUUGUCUUGACCAACGUGAGCGGUGCCAAGCUUUAUGCAUGUGCGCUCAAGUUUGUGGAAGAGCUCUCGCCUCUCGAAGUGCUCACGCUGUUCGCACCGCCGCCAGGCAGCGAGAAGACCAAGGCGCCCAUUAUUCCAAAGUGGGCCCAAGACCUCUCGGCCGGGUCGGCGUCGACCACGUCCGUCUACUCCCCCAAGUGCCUUCUAUUGAUCUCGCACCAUCCGUUCUUCUCCGGCUACCGUCUUUUCCUCCAGCAGAUCUACCGACUGUCGCUCUCGGCGGCGCCCAUGCCGAUCGAGCGCUACAUUGCCAACUUUGUGUGCGAAGUGCCCAUGCCUCCGCGGGGCCGCAUCCAAGUGCAGCUCACGCUGCCCGAGCGCACGAUCUACGUGGCCCGGCCGCCGAAGAACCAACUGCCACUGGCCGAUUUCUCCCUUCGGUCGCUCUUUCAAGUGCUCGACAUGAACAACGUCUUGACCGUCGUGUCGUGUCUCUUGCUCGAACAAAAAGUGGCGCUGUGCUCCAAGCAUCUCGCGCUACUGACACCGAUCGCAGAGACCCUUUUGACGCUGCUGUUUCCGCUGGCGUGGCAAGGCGCGUAUAUCCCCGUGCUUCCGUCGUCGCUCUUGGACGUGAUUGACGCGCCGGUGCCGUUCCUUGUCGGUGUGCACUCAAAGUACCUCGCGACUGCAAGUCGCUCGACCGAUGUCUUUUUCAUCGACCUGGACCAUAAUCGCGUCAUUCCACCGCGCAACGAAGACGGCAUUGAAACCGUGCUGCCCAAGAUGCCCGAGCGCGCCGCGACGAAACUCAAAGUCAAACUCCAAAACUGCGCCAAUGUGUUUGAUCCAUAUGCGCCUGACAUUGCCAAGGCCGACUGGGCGUUUGGCGGCGACGAAUGCCUCGAGCCGAUCACCGAUUUCGCGUCGUCGGGCAUGACGCUGCCCAUGCCAAGCGACGUCGUGUCCAGCCGCAGGGGCAGCCUUGGCGACAAGCGCACGCUCUCUGCUGCGUCGGCUGCGUCCCUCGCAGCGUCGUCGUCUCUCUCCAGCAGCCUGCACUUCAGCUCCUUCAAGCUUCUCUCGCAUACGAGCUCGUCGGCGUCAAUGCUGGAGCGCGAUCGGUCGUUGUCGUCGUCGUCAAGUGUCGACAGUCUCAUGCUACCGACACCGGCGCUCGGAGGUGGGUUUGUGCAAGACCAAGUCCGGCAGUCGUUCUUGCGCUUCUUCAUUUCAAUGCUGAAGCGCUACGCGUCCUACUUGAACAAUGACAGCAGCAAAACCAACACGGCGCCCAUCUUUGACGCCACUGGCUUCCUACGCGACAACAGCGACGUCGCGUCCCGACCGUUCCUGAGCGUCAUGAUCGAGUCUCAAAUGUUUCAGCGCUUUUGCGAAGAUCGGCUCUUCAACCCGACGCUGCCGGAAGUGGUUUUUUUCGACCAAGCCAUCAACCAAAAGCUGAACCGGUCCUUGUCGCUUGGAAAGAAGAAGCAUGACGUGAGCUUUCUUGAAGACAAGACGGACGUCAUCCGAGAGACGUUUGUGACGCCGUCGCCGUCGACACUCGGCCUCCCCGACAAUGGCGCCGUGUACCACUACAAGGCUUUUCCACGGCUCAAAAAACAUCUCUUUGGGACGAUCCGCAAGCCGCGCGAGCUCUACGCAGCCCGAGAGCAGCAGCGCUUUGUCGCACCCGUCGACGUGCACCAGCAAAUCUACCGGCUCAGCACGUGCGUCAAGGACACGGCUGCGACGUGGGACGCGACCCGCCGCCUCGUCACACGCCUGCAAGCGUUUUACCGGGCGUAUCGCCAGCGCAGUGCGUACUUGCGCACGCGCCGCGCCGUGCUGUGCAUCCAGCGACACCUCGCCGCCCGUCUCAAGCGCCAACAGCUCCAAGCCAGCUACCGUCGCCUGCGCGCGGCCAUUACGUGUCUUCAAGGUCGCUUUCGCAUGGUGGCUCAACGCGCUGCGUACGAGAUGCAGCGACGAGCCCUGCUGCGGCUUCAGGCGUUUGGAAAGCAAGUGGUGUACACGCGACGGCUGCAGCGGCUACGCUAUGGCAUCUUGCGGCUCCAGGCGCGCUUCCGAGGCCAGCAGCAGGCCCGCGCGUUCGCCCGCAUUCGCGCCGACGUCGUUCGCGUUCAAAGCCUUUUUCGUGGCGCGCUCACGCGGAUGGCGUCGCUCCAGUGGCGCCAGGAGCUCUUGAGCACGUACCGCGACACGAUCUUUGAGUUGUGGCAAAAGGCGUGCGUGCCACUCUUGUAUCGGUCGAAAUUCUGGGUUAUUUACGACAAACCCGACUUUUUGUCGCUGGGCGUGCACCUGGAAGAAAUGGGACGACUGCAUGCGAUCUUGACGGCCGUCGACGGCCACGAGCGGCUGCACGUGUCGGCCGUGCCCAAUGGCCCUGUUGCCAAGACGCUCAAGACGUUCUGGACACCGGUGCUCCGCGUCCACCGACGCGCGGCGCGCGCCCGGCGCCAGCACCUCUUGAAAGCGUCGCACUCGAGCUUUGAAAUCGAUGCGCAGGCGUUUGUGCGGCUUGAAGAAGAGAUGCUCGAGCUGUACGAGCAGCUGAAAUACCACACGACGGACGCCAUGCAGCAUGCGUUCUACGCGGCCUUUGAUAUUUGCUCGACAAGCAAGCUCAAGAAGCGCUCGGUACGUCAUCAAGAGAAGAAGAAAGGGUGCCAUUCUGGUGGCUAG